AUGGGCAAGCAAACGCGUUUCCCCGGCUCUACUGGGCCUCUUCAGAUAUUCCAGGACGAGAUGCACGAAAAUAUUACACCCAUGACCAGUCACGCUCCCAUGCCUUCAGUCUCGAAGCCAUCUCGAAGGCCUCUGUCAAGUUCAACAUCGAACUCCGUCUUUAACCCACCUGCCGCUCCUUUCAGCGCACACUCUCCGUUCAAGCAAAGACCAGCUUCCUCGUCACAAGUGCCAUUGACAGCGGCGCACGGCAACAAGUUGAACACGGUUGCGAUGGCGCCUCCGUCGAGGCGAGGCUACAGCACUGAUUCACUGCAAAAGAAGCCUUACCUCAAGAACUUUAAGACUUUCCCUCAAAAGCAGACAUUCGAUAUGGGCUGGGACUUUGGAAAGGAGAACGUCCACCCACAGAUAUUCCCGGCACCUCCCAGUAGUGAGCUGUCGAUUGACAAUUACUACCAGAAGCCCAACGGCAAGCGCGCCCUAAUGGAGGCGGCUCCUAUCAAGGAUUCCAGAUCAGCCAAAAAGAUGAAAUCCGAGCCAAUGACAGCGACGCCACCAGGAACAGACACAACGACAAUUAUUCCUCCCCACGAUAGUUUUCCUCCUAUCUUCGACGACGGUAACAAGCCUGCACUCAGCUAUGCCGAUUUGAUCGCUUCCGCCAUCUUGCGCUCUCCUAGUCGAAGGCUCACACUCAGCCAGAUUUAUACCUGGAUCAGCGAGAACUACUCCUUUUAUAGCCUUACCGAUGCCGGCUGGCAGAACAGCAUUCGACAUAACCUUAGUCUCCAAAAGGCCUUUAAGAAAAUCAACCGACCCAAGGACGAUCCUGGCAAGGGCCAUUACUGGGUGAUUGAAACUGGCUGCGAAGCACAGUUUUUGAACAAGAAGUCGACCCGCAAGUCUGCCUCCGCCUCCGAUAGCCUUCACGUCAUGUCUACUCGCCUCGAACCCUCGCGCCCGGCUUCAGCACCCGUCCAGGAGCCUACGCUACCUCCGCCUGUUCCCGUUGGCCAGUCCGCUCUGCCACCUCUUCCAACUUCGCAGGCUACGAUGUCGAUUCCUGUUGAUCUGUCGUCGGAUGCUACGAUUCCUGUCUCUGAUAACAUUGGUCCUGAAGACGUUACCGACAAGAUCGACCAUGAUAUUUCCAUCGACUCUUUCCUCUACUCGCCUCUUCCCGCUGCCAUGCAUUCAUCACCGCCUGUGUCUCGGCACGUAGACCACCGAAGCAACACGCCUCCACCGGUGUCGCGAAACCUGGCUUCAUCCGUCUCACGAUCUCACAGGCGCAAGAUUGCAUCAAUGGAUGAUAGCGGAUAUAUCUCUUCUCUCGAGUCAUCGGCCAUAAGGCCCAGUCAGAAGUUUAUGCUCACAUCAGAGGCUGACCGCCCUCGUAACAAGGCAAGGGGCCGUGCUGAAGAGGAGAUAGCACGACUUCGAAACUCGUCCCCUUUUAGUCCCACCAAGACACGAUUUCACUCCGUCAUGCCACCAGUGUCUUCAUCUCCUCUGCGACAAGCCUACGAGAAGCAGAUGCUACCGCCACUGACGCCUGCGGUCAAGCUCAUCCCCCGUCCUCAGCCACCUCCCUCGGCCUCGCCUAAUACCUAUCUCCGACAUCACCGCAAUACAAUUUCUAACCUGCUCCAAUCACCUGGCCCCAAGGGCUCGGGCUUUCUUCAACACGUUGAGAAUAGCCCAAAUUUUUGGUUGAGUACGGAUAACUGCCAAACAGGCUUCGGUGCUAGCAUUCUGAGUGAUGCAGAAUUCCCAGUUCACUUUGAUCUUGCCGAAUUGGGUGGUAUUGAUGAUGGUUCUUUUGGUACUAUGAGCUCAGUUGAAGCUGGAUCUCCUAUCAAACGUACUGUAAAGCGAAACCGACUGGAUCGAACCCUCUCUGCGUCGGCUUUGGGUGAAAUCACCAACUCUACGACUAAGAAGCCCAUCGCUUCUGCCCCGCUCAGACCACCCGAGCAGUUUCUGCAGUUCGAUAGUCCAAGCAAAGCGUUCGAGGGUCUCAGCUCUCCAAGCAAAAUGUUCCAGGAAUCCCCCAUCCGAAACCAGUCUCCCUCCAAGUUCGCCAACUUCCUGAACGUUUCGCUAGACGGCAACGACUGGGCAUCAGCAGCAAUGGUAGACUUUAACCCUCAUAACCACGUCGACUUUUCAGACGUGUCCAACGUCGACAUUUGCCAAGGCUUUACCAAAAUUGGAUCUACAUCACAGACCAACAACAAGAAUAAUGCCCCGAGGAACAACAAACCUGGAUUACCCCGAAGCUACUCAACUCAAUUUUGA